AUGUUUGCGGAAUCAUCUGAUUCCGAAUCGGAUGCUCCAUCGGCUGCUAGAGAUCAAAGAUUGUCUGCACUCGCAAAGACGAAACAUGAGGAUUUGAAGGAGACCUUUGAAGAGGAGUAUGACCAUUAUAAGGACUCUGAGCCUCCGCCAGCGAAAGUCGUUGCCACUGAUUCGAAGCCAAUGUCAAAUGCGGAGAGAAUGAUGGCAAAGAUGGGUUACAAAGAAGGAAAAGGUUUAGGAAAGACAAAGCAAGGAGCUGUUGAACCGGUUGCUUUGUCUACUCAACGUGGUCGAGUUGGUCUUGGCCACAACAUUACCAAGAAAAAUAACCCAAUUGACGUACGAAACACACUUGCGACCCCUGGUGAAAUUCUGCGAAGAAUGCUUGAAUCGAAAAAUGCACCUCUUUUCUACUUUGCCGACGUCUGCGCUGGUCCUGGUGGAUUUUCAGAGUAUAUGCUAUGGCGAAAGGCUUUCUACAAUGUGAAAGGUUUUGGGUUCACUCUCAAAGGAAAGGACGAUUUCAAACUUGGGAAGUUCUACGCUUCUUCUGCUCACUAUUUUGAGCCGUAUUACGGGAAGGAAGGAGAUGGUGACGUGACGAAACCAGAGAAUAUCAACUCUUUAGAAGAGUUCAUUAUGAAAGGAACUAAUGAUGUUGGCGUUGAUCUCAUGAUGGCCGAUGGUGGCUUCAGUUCCGAGGCCAAGAAAAUAUUCAGUUUCUAUGGUCGCGAAGACUUCAGUGCGAGGCUACCACCGUUCGCUGCUACGCUGCUCAGUGAACGAACAAUAAAAGAGCUCAGAUAUGCUGAGUUUUCCCUCAACAUACUCUCAAAUCGAGCUUCAACACAGCCCGAACUUUUGAUCUCAACUGGGGUGGAUAACAAGCGUCUGGAAACUGUUGCUGUCGAUGGCCUCGUUCGGAUUCUCGAUGCUGCUGUACUUAAUGGUGAUGAUGUUUCGGGUUUGUUGUAUUCAAAGAGAAUGGCUGCAGCUCAAAAAUUCUGCCUGGCACUGAAAUUGAUCGUGCCCAAGGUCAGACUGGGUUGGGGAAAUCAUGAACGAUAUGUGGUUCCUCCUCAACUGGUAGUGGCAGGAGCGUACUCGUUUGAUCAGUUGGCUCAGGUUCGAAGAAAGUUCUCUCGGGUGCGUCAUUCUGGUGAAGAAGUUUUGGUCUACGACGAGAACGGUUACUUGUUAAUGUGUAAGGCGUUCCGAGUUGCACGCCUUCUGAAAGAAGCGUGGAAAAUGGGAUGGUCGUGUAGCCGUUCAAUGACAUAUGCUUUCUGCCCCCAGCGACCUGAUCUUGGCAGUUUCUUCGAACCCCAGUGGGAAGAGCAUGAAUGUUGUUCAUCGUUUUGGGAGAGCGCAAUGCCAUCAAAACAAACGACAGGGCAUGUCCCAAUGCAGUGCAUAUGGAGUUGGGAGAAUAGCUUACUGGACAACUAUGGGCCUCGUGUAAUCCUUGAGAAUGACUCGCACAAGAGCGGACCGACCGUGAACUCAGUACUGCGAGAAGUGGCAGAAACAGAUGAGCAAUGUCGGAAAAGUGUGGCUGCUUAA